AUGACCUCGCUGCUCAACAAGACGGAUUCCGGUCCUCCGCCGCCUCGCCAGAUCCGUUUUGUUAACAAUCAAGGCCAGCCGCCGUCCAAGCGCCGCAGAAUCAAUGCUGCUUGCCUGACUUGUCGACGACGGAAAACGAGAUGCGCCGGUGAGCGACCUCUCUGUUCGACAUGCACAAAAAAUGGACAUCAGUGUCAAGGAUAUCUCGAAGAAGGCCGAAAAGAUAUCCCUGUCGAACCACUUGACACUAAGCUGGCCCCCGAAGACGACGACAAUGCAUUACAUAACAUUCCAACCGAGGAGGACGGCAGGAAGUUGAUGCCCAGGAAAUUCAAUGCUACAGCCACGCCGCCAGCUGCCAACAAAGUCGCCAACGUUCAUGGCCGUGAAGCAAAGAAACGUGGUUCCGUAUCCCCAUAUUGCCAAGCUACUACUGCCCGCACCGAACUUGGUAAUCUGAAGCCUCUAUUCUCUCAGACACAGCAUGCGUCACACCCUUCGGCCGGCUCGGACGACAUCCCAGCCUCGCCAACUUUGCGCCGCAACUACAACCAUCGAGUCCCAUAUUUUCGAUAUUUUGGCCCGACUGCAAUUGUACCCGGGUUCAAGCAAAUGGUCGUGUCUGUUAGGGACAGGCGCCGGUCUACAGGCGGAUCACAAUCCGCAGCAUCGCCAGUGUCAAACCCGAGUAUCCGUGGUGGAAGCAGUAUCGCCGUGGGUAGUGAUGUUGCCGUGGAGGAUAUGCCGCUUUAUGACCCCAGCAGCCACCUACCCGUCAAUCCACUCAUUCUGUCUCUGGUCAGAAUCUUCUUUCAGCAUCUGGGCUGCAACUAUCCUUUUCUUAAGCAAUCCAAGUUUCUCCAAAUGAUGAUGGACAAGAGAGUCGAGCCCAUACUUGUGGAUGCCAUAUGCGCCAUUGGGGCCAGGUUCUGUGACAUUCGUCAACUGACUGGCGGCAACGACAAAAUGCCCAGGACAGAGAGGGGACAGGUUUUCGCACAACGAGCUAAACAAGCCACUGUCGAGACGUUUCCAUGUCCCUCCGUCGGAGCAGUCCAAGCAUUGCUUCUGAUGGCCUACGAAGGCUUCGGCGCCAACCAGGACAGCGCGUUGUGGAUGUAUCUCGGUCUUGCCAUUCGCAUGGCUGUUGAUUUGGGCUUGCAAAAGAGGGUCGGCAUCCAAUAUCAAGGUGAGAAAGAUCCGUGGUACACGAGACACAGAAGCCGGGGAAUUGGAGAUUCCGAAAGUCCCGAGGAUAGGAAGACGAGUGACCCUGAUACUCUGAGUCUUGAAGAGCAGAGGGAAGUAGAACAAGAACGCAUCGACACGUUUUGGGCAGUCUUCUUCCUCGACAGGGUCAUAUCCUCCGGUACUGGUCGUCCAGUAACGUUUCGGGACGACGAUUUCGAGCUGCCCUUUCCAGCCCCUAGGGUCGACCCUGCAACUGGGUGGCCGGUGCUCUUCCCCGUGCUUCUGGAAAUCAUCCAUUUGUACGGACGAGUGUCUGAUAUCCUAAACAACAUCCGCGGUGUUCGCGACCUUACCGAGGAAAAAUGGUGCAAGCUUACAACAAUGGAACACGAGGUUACCAAAAUGUACAAACAAUGGGAUGCCCGGCUGCAGUUCAAUGUCAGCAACUUCAAAGUCUACUUAAACAAUGGACAAGGGUCGACCUUCAUACUUCUGCAUUUUUGGUUCCAUGCCCUGUUGAUUGUACUUCACCAGCCUACACUGCUUACACCCUUUGGGGAUCUGCGAACCGAGCACCAACUCCUUCCUGACAGCCGCGAGCUGAGCAGAAGCAGUGCGAAAACGAUUUGCGACAUCUUGUCAUUUGCCGAUCUCAUAGAUCCAAUAAGUUUUAUUGGUAACCCGUUUACCAGCCAGCCAAUUUAUAUCGCUGCGUGUGCCUUUCUCAUGGAAUCAAGUGCCAAUGCGUCCCAAAGUCCGUCGAGGGAAGGUUCUCCUCCAGCAACGACGAAGCGUCCAGCCGCCAAGCAGUCAAAGGCGACCAAUUCGAAGCACUCCAGACACUCGCUUCUCGCUUCUGCAGCAAACCAGAAUUAUCAGCGGUGCUAUAAUUCCUUGCAGCAGAUGCAUGCGUACUGGGGAGGCGUUAAAUACAUUCUUACAGCCCUGGACCAGAAGGCCAAAGGUAUAUGGGACUGCGAGACUUACACCUCCGAGGAGUACGAAAGCACAAAGUUGCCGCCCAUUCAGACGUCUCCGAAAAUUGGUGGGCCGCCCAUUGCUUGGAGCUUGGCUGGCGCGGCGAACUCACCUAGCUCAAAUCUGACUUUGAUGUAUCAAAAUCCAAAUGGUCACCUCGGCAGUCAUGCUACGCAUGCACAUGCUCCAGGCAUUCAGCAGCAACGUCAAGCAAGCACACCCCCCGGAAAUAUGCUCUACGACCCCAUCAGGCAAAGCAUGCCCGUCGAACAUGGUAGUAUGUGCCCGCCGGCCGUCCCACCAUCAAAUCUAGCUGGGCAAACAACCUCUCCUCGCUGGACUCGGACAAGGCGACCUUCUACUCUGUCCAACGCAGCCAGCCAGAGCCAAGCUGCGAGGGGCAACACCGGUUUCUCCGAACCCGGGGCCGAAGGAUCAAAAGUUUAUAUGUCGUCCGGGUUUACUCCUGCUAGUCAACAUUCUGCCGGCUAUGAAGGAUAUAAUGCGUCGCCGACGAACAAUUUGGCUGACGAUAAUUUCCAAGGGCGCGGCGGGGGCACAGCGAACAGUAGCGCAUGUUACGGACAGAACAUGCCAUAUCAAUCUUCCUUGGCAGUCGGGGCCGAAUGCAUGGAUGGCAUUACAUUCGACAGCCAAGACAUUGAUAUUGGUGCCUUGGGCUUACAACAAACGGGUCUCAUGAGUGGAUGGCUCGAAUGUAUGCCCACCGAUGUCCUCAGCCUUUUCGAGAAUCAUGACAUGAAUAACGGGCAAGGGAGUCAGACUGGUCACUAA